CAGCUACAUAUCUGCAGGAAGACGAAUCACAUUUCAUAAACAUGCCUUUCACCAGCACUAGCCGAUUGUACAAUGCAUUCUUGCUACAGACACAUUCAACGUAUGGUUUUCGAAUCGUGUUCCAAUAUUUGUAUCUCGAGUAUGAUGGUGAUGAAGUCCAAAUAGGGACAGGUAACGAUCCGUCUGACAUACAGUCUGUCAUCAAAACUAUCCAUGGAUCUACACAAUACGCUCCUGAUGAUCUCUAUGUAGGUACUAAUGAGAUGUGGUUUACUAUCAUAGCAACAAAGAGUUUUACUAGGGUUAGAAUCGACGUUGAGAUCAUCGCCAUUGACCUAUCAACCUUAUUUGAUUGUUCGAGCUCCAACAUGAGCGUGUCACCGACUGUCCUGUGCGAUGGGAUUUACCACUGCGAUCACUUCGAGGACGAAUUAGCAUGCAUUGUUACGUGUAACAUCCCAGCUUUUCCGGCAAACCUCACCACGGAUAACACACAAUGCGGAACAGAGAUGAAAAUAGACUACAAUGCAUCGUGUAUGUAUGAAUGUCAGCCCGGAUAUGACAUCAUUGGUAACUCGUCUGUCAUCUGUCAGGCUAGUGGGGCGCUGUCCGCCGAUCUACCAACUUGUGAAGGCAUGUCAAUCUGA